AUGGAGUCAGCCGCUCGUGGCACAGCCAAGGUGCUUGGGAUCAAGCUUGACUAUCGGAGCGAGCCCGAUGUUUCUGGCGGUGCAUCAAUUGCCUCUGUCGAGACUUACGUUGAGUCUGAACCGACUGCGAAAGAAUGGCUUGCACAAUUCAAGCCCUCCGCAAGUGCCACGAGGCGUUACUUUAGAAGUCUUUUCCCGUUUCUGGAUUGGAUAUUCCACUAUAACUUGACAUGGCUUUUUGGGGAUUUUGUCGCUGGCAUGACGGUUGGAUUCGUCGUGAUUCCCCAGGGCAUGGCGUACGCUUUGCUGGCAAAGCUACCACCCGAGUAUGGUCUCUACACCAGCUUUGUGGGUUUCAUUCUCUACUGGGCUUUUGCUACCUCCAAAGACAUCACCAUCGGCACCGUUGCCGUCAUGAGCACCAUCGUUGGCAACAUCGUGACCAAGGUCCAGGCCUCUCAGCCAGAGAUUGACGCUGUCGACAUUGCCAGAGCACUCUCUGUCCUUGCUGGCUCAAUUCUGCUAUUCAUCGGACUUACCAGGUUAGGGAGAAUUGUGGAGCUCAUCCCUUUGGUGGCUAUUACCUCGUUCAUGACGGGCGCCGCUAUCUCCAUUGGAGCGGGUCAAGUACCUACACUGAUGGGCAUAUCUGGUGUCAACAGUCGCGGAUCCACCUACCGCGUUAUCAUCGAUACCCUGAAAGGCCUGGGUCGUACAAAACUCGAUGCUGCUAUGGGUAUCACUGCUCUUUUCAUGCUGUAUUCUAUCCGCAUCUUUUGCAAUUAUAUGUCGAGGAAGCAGCCGUCACGGCAGAAAGUGUGGUUCUUUUUGAGCACGCUACGUAUGGCCUUUGUCAUCUUGCUAUAUAUUUUAAUCAGCUGGCUUGCCAAUAAGGACAUCAAGGGGCUCCAUUCCAACGUCAAAUUGGCAAAGUUCAAAAUUCUAGGCCGCGUCCCUCGUGGCUUCCAACACGCCGGUGUUCCGAAAAUGGAUACAAAGGUUCUUUCAGCCAUUGCUUCGGAUCUUCCAGUGACGACCAUCGUGUUGAUUCUCGAACAUAUUGCCAUAUCAAAAUCGUUUGGUCGCAUCAACAAUUAUGUUAUCAAUCCAUCGCAAGAACUUGUCGCUGUCGGCUUUACAAAUGUGCUUGGACCAUUUCUAGGUGCAUAUCCAGCCACCGGUUCCUUUUCUCGUACAGCCAUCAAAUCGAAAGCAGGUGUUCGUACACCACUGGCUGGUAUAUUCACCGCCAUCCUCGUCCUUCUCGCGCUGUAUGCAUUGACAGCGGUAUUUUUCUACAUCCCCUCGGCUAGUCUGGCAGCCAUUAUUAUUCACGCUGUUGGUGAUCUCAUCACACCCCCCAACGUCGUGUUCCAGUUCUGGGAGACGUCUCCUUUGGAGGUUAUCAUCUUCUUUGCUGGUGUCUUCGUGACGGUAUUCACGAAUAUCGAAAACGGUAUCUAUGUUACCAUCGUUACUUCUUUUGCACUGCUACUCUGGCACCAGCUGUUUACACAUGGUGCCCUCCUCGGCAAGGUCAAAAUCUAUCGUGCAACCCCGGAGACAAUAGCCAGCAAAGAAGACGGCCAUUUGACACCUGGGUCUGAGCCGUCGGUCCGUGAAGCCUUCAUUCCCAUCAGUCGCAAGGACGGUUCUAAUCCCCUCGUGGAUAUUGAAUCACCAUACCCUGGCAUUUUAAUAUAUCGCUUCUCAGAAGGCUUCACAUAUCUUAAUCAGCAAGGGUAUAUGGACGAGCUCGUACAUCAUGCGCAAACCAUCUCCCGUCCGACGACACUGGAUAAAUACGCCAAACUCGGUGAUCGGCCUUGGAAUGAUCCCGGACCGCGUCGUGGACAGCAAAUCAACUAUGACGAUAACCGGCCCAUUCUCCGCGCCAUCAUCUUGGACUUUAGCGCCGUCAAUAACGUCGACGUGACUUCGAUCCAGGGUCUCAUUGAUGUGCGUGCACAGCUCGACCGCCAUGCUGCCCCAGAAACUGUCGAGUGGCAUUUCGCCUCGAUCAACAGUCGGUGGACCAAGCGUGCCUUGACUACUGCUGGGUUUGGAUACAUUGACCGUGAGCGCUUCGCAGCGCGCCAACACUGGAACCCGGUUUAUAGCUAUGUGCCUCUUGACAACUCUGCACCCAGGCUGCAUGAUGCAGAGGCACAGGACGAUAUUCAUGUCCUCGGUGAGAAUAAAGGUCUGCCAGCAGGAAAGGUGACUACCGUUCAUGGGCAGAACAGACCGUUUUUUCACAUUGAUGUGGCGGCGGCGGUCGAGAGCGCCAUCGCUGGCGUCAUGAGCAAGAUGUCGCAGGACAGCUCACAAAGCUCUCCGGUAGUGGGCAAAACCCAAUUUACGACAAAGGCCGAGUAG